ACCAGUGAGACACACACGGGGCCUUCUCUCCCGAGUCAGACGGUUUUUGAGUGGUUUCGGACUGAAGUAAAAAAGAAAAAAAAAGUAGCCAAGUGCGGUUGUACAAAACCGCAAGACCAGAAGGAACACAACAAUCGCCGAAGAACGGUCACACUACCACCCCACACGCGUGUUCUCUCCGUGAUUCCGGGAUUCGCUCACCAGCCCAUCCGCGCGGUGCAGCAGCAAACAGCAGCAGGGGUUGGCAGUGCGCUUCGGGCCGAUAUUAGUUUUAUUGUGUAUUUCGUUGUACUGUUGAUCGUACACACGCGUAUCGCAGCAGUAGCACCCGUAGUGACCGCGGCAAUAGAAAAGUAGGCGAAGUAGCCUUUAGUGUACACACGGAGAGCGCCGCGGACGGAGUUUCUGAGGACCGAGGACCGAGCAAAGCCGGACUACAAACAACAACAACAACAAAAAAAACACGUAAAUUAAAGUUGAUCGAUCGUAGUAGGCGGUGCGCGGCCGUAGUAACAACGAAUUCGCGAAGAAACAAAAAAAGAACCAUCCAAGGAACCAAAUAAAGUGUCGCCAAACUGUGGCGCGCGUGGGUGUGUGUGCUUUAACCGGAGAAAAGGAGUUUCGGUUUCGUUUUCUGUCUCUGACAAGCGUGAUACGGUGCGACAGAGAGUUAUCAGAAAAAAAAUAGAAAAAAAGUGAAGCAAGACAACGCGCUCGACAACUCAAAGGCACCCGAAACGAGCUGGUGACCGAAGCAGUAGUGAUAGCAACGACAAGUUCUGAAUAAUAUACCUCUAUUGAUUUUGACCGAGACCGAGUGUGGAAGUGGAUUGUUGUGGAUAUACAUACAUACACACAGCAGCAGCAGCGGUGCCCAAGUGGUUGUGCGGUUCCUUCCUUCCUUUCUUCCUUCCGGCAGCCAAAACCGAAUAAAAUAGAGCAAAGUUUAAGGCAGUUGUUCUUUGAUUUGAUUUUAUUUUUUGCCGUUUGUUUUCGUUAACGAAGGAAUCGGCCGGUGAUUGCCCAGCAUAGUUCGAUCAAGUGAAACUAAGAUACAGACGUGGACAGUUCGUGCUAGUUCGUGGAAACAACCUCUGAAUCCGGUGUGGAUCCCGGGUUCCGAGUUUAUCGUAGUCUGCUACUGUUCCAGGCAGUUGAAUAGCUGAAAAGAUCGAUUGAUCAGCCCCUCGUCCAAUCGAAAAAACAGUACACGGAAAAAAUGACACCACCCACCAUCGACCAGCUGUUGCACGGUUAAUCCGUUGUCGUCGUUGUCACGUGAAAUCGUGAGCCCCCGUACCCCUAGCUGAUAGCAAAACAGCGCUCCAAGACCCAAUCAACGUUGCGCGGCAAACCCGUCGACCGUCACAAACAUCGACCCAAAUGGUUAUGUCGCCAAGCAGACGACUAUCAUCGCCAGGAAUCGCCACGCAUCCAAUGAAUAUGCAUUUGAGCUCGCUGCAACACUCCCAGCUGCAAUUGUCCUCUCAAAUGCAUCAGAAGUUGGCCGCCGGUCUGACGCCGAAUCAUAUGAGUGGAUUUUUCAAGAGUCCAUCAACCUCUCCGAGCAGCGCCAAUGCUAAUAUGAGCAACAAUAAUAACAACAACAACAACAACAGUAACAGUAACAACAACAACAACCACAACCACCACCACCACAACAGCAGUAAAAGUCAUCACAACAGCACACCAAACAACACCCCCGCCAGCAUCAUGCCGUCGGCAACGGAACUGUCAACGCAUCCGUUGAACCGCUUGCAGUCGAUGCAGCCGUUCGAUUUCCGCAAGCUGAGUGCAGCCGCGGCCGGACUGAGUGCAUUUACCGCUGGUUUGCCACCGCCGAGGCUAAGCCCGGAGGUGGCCGCCGCCCAGCAUCACUUCAAUCAGCAGCAAGCCGCAGCCGCCGCGGCGUACUCCCAAGCGACGGCGGCCAAGCAGCGCCGAGAUUCGCAAGCUUCCGAUACGUCACCGAACUCGCGGGAUCAUGCCGCCGCUGCCGCCAAUUUCAUGAAUCUGUCGAUGGCUGGCCAUGGAUUGCCGUUCUCGAUUCCACCGCCACCACCACCCACGUCGGUUGCGAUGUCACUUGCCAACUCGCUGAAUCAUUCGGCGGCUGCGAUGGCAGCUGCCGUUUCCGGUAAUCCACUGGCCGCAAGCUUCGUGGCGCAAUCGUUCCCCAACCUAUUGGCAGCUUCGGCCGCACGCGAGCAGGCUCGCAGCAAAUCUCCGCUUUCCUCGCACCACAAGAUGCCGCUUAAAUCGGACAAACCAUUCGACAAACCGGACAUGGAGAAAAAUCAUCACGGUAGCAGUGAGAAUGUGCUGAAUCUCAGCCGGGACUUGGCAGCGGCCGCCGCCGCCAAUCAACACCUGGCUCGGCAAGGUCUGCCCGGUCACGUGAGCCGUAUCGCAGCUGGUCUUCCACCGGGUGUCCAUCUGAAGAAACCACAAUCACCGAACAAACGCCAAUGGGGAGCUCUGCCGCCGAACCUGGGAACGCAGUUCGUGAAUCCGGCGACCGGCAAAAAGCGAGUCCAGUGCAACGUGUGCUUCAAAACCUUUUGCGAUAAAGGUGCUCUCAAAAUCCACUUCUCUGCCGUCCAUCUGCGUGAAAUGCACAAAUGCACCGUCGAGGGUUGCAGCAUGAUGUUCAGCUCGCGACGUUCGCGUAACCGCCACAGCGCCAACCCCAACCCGAAACUUCACUCACCUCAUCUCCGUCGAAAGAUCUCUCCGCACGAUGGUCGCAGCGCUCAACCGCAUCCGAUUCUGUUGCCGUCGACCGGAAUGCCACUGCCUAAUGGGCUCAACCCGCUUCAUCCGUUCGCACCGUUUCCAUUUCCCGGAGACAUGCGACAUCCGUCGCUGUCCGCCCUGGAGUUCAAAGCUAACAUGGAAGCUAGCAUGCAUCGUCGUCUGCAGGAACAGGAAAAACACCGCGAAUGUCAGCGACAGUCGCUUAGUCCGGAAAACUAUCGCUACCGUAGCCCACUGGGUGACACUCCGGACAAGUACCUCUCGCCGGGACAACAUCUUGGCGGUGGAAGCUCGAUCGGUAGCCAGCUGGAUGAUGACGAUGACGAUGAUGAUGAUCCGAAUGGAAUCGUCAUCGACGGAAACGAUGACGAUGAUGAUGUUCACGGUUUCGACAUGUCACUGAGUUCCGAAUCGGAAGAUGUCAAGUCGUACCGUCAUUCGGGAACUCCCGAACCGGACUACGACGAUGAGCAGGUGAACCAUAGACGGGACGAACCGAUGGGUGGGGAGAACGAACCGCAGGACUUUAGUUUAUCCAAAAUGAAAUCGGAGAAACUAUCGCUCUCCUCCGAUGGGGAUGAAGUGGCAAGUAAUGUUGACAGUAAUGAAGAUUCGUCGGUGAACGAUUCGCAGAUGGCUCGCGAUGAGAUGAGCGCUUUCCUUUCGAUCAACAAACGAAAGCGAAAGAGUCUGAAUCCGAUCAAGUGUGCAAUCCCGCUGGAACGAAUGUCUGCCGGUUCGGGACACUUGUCGGAUGAGAACGAUGAAAAAGAUGACGAAGAAGAACGGCCGGAGCCGUUGAUAAAGAAGAUUAAGCUAGAGCAGCAGCAGAGUGAAGCUUUGGCAUUGGUGAACGAGAAACGGGAUCGAUUGGUGUCGCCUAAACCUAACGGCGACAACAGCCACCUGGACGAGGAUACUCCGAUGAGGAUCAAAUCCGAGCCCCGAGAUCAAGACCAUCAGGAUGAGGCCGAAAAUCUGUCACUUGAUCUGUCGAAAAAACGUUCAUCGCCCGAUGUCAACGCAAACGAAGCCAAGUUCACCAAAUACUCGAUCGACGUGAAGCCGACAUCCGAACUGAUGGAGAAUCCGAUGUCACUGGUGCGUCCGAAAAAGGAGAACGAAGUCGACCAGAAGGCAGAAGAUUUGAGACGACCAGGCUCAGCCGACAGCAAAAAGAGUGGCGAAAGUUUGGACUCGGCAAACACCCUGAGGCGACUGGAGAACCUUUCCCAUGGUCCGCUGAACGAGAUGAUGAUGCAACGCGGUGGUCUGCCACAGUUCCCUCCGUUGAGCUAUCUGAUGAACGCAGCUCCACCCAGUCCAGCACGGUCACGAAGCUCCUCACCAAAUCCGGAAGCAAGUCCCCAGCAGGAUAUCGAUUCGGAUGACAACGUAGACUACUGCGAGGAAGGCAACUGCUUCAGUGAUCCCAAUGUACCUCUUGACAAAGAUAACCCAAAGAAAUGUUCCGCCUGCGGACGGAUGUUCCAGAACCACUUUGCCGUUAAGACCCAUUACCAGAACGUGCACCUGAAACUGCUGCACAAGUGCAAUAUCGAUGGCUGCAAUGCGGCUUUCCCGUCGAAACGAAGUCGCGAUCGUCACGCGUCGAACCUAAACCUUCACCGGAAGCUACUGUCCACCAGUUCGGACAGUAACGACACGGUGCUGACCAUGGAGAAACAGUUCCCCGGAUUCCCGGGACCACUGCAGACGGAGUUCCUCGCGAGACUGUAUGCCGAUUCUCAAAAAUUCCCGAUGAACCUGGAGGCUUUCAAAAAUCACUUUCCGAAUGCUGGCGCCUACGCCGAUCACUUCCUGAACGGAGCCGGACAACGUUUCCCACCGGCAACGGCCAAUCCAUUCCUGUUCCCACCGCUGGGAGGACUUGCCGGAUUCCCUGGCCUAUCGCAGUUCUCGCAUCUCCUUCCGCACCCGCUGAACGGAAUCUCUUCGCAGCUGACCGGUGGUCGUAUGUCACGUUCCGAUUCACCGAUUUCGGCAUGCUCACCACCAUCCAACAUCAACAACAUUCCAUCGCCAAUGUCCCAGCACCACCAGGAUCACGAACAGGACCGACACUCGGCUGCGGCACUGCUGAGCCAUAGCCGCUCGCCGGCCGCCACACCGGCCGAGGAAGCCCGCAAGAGUCAAAAGACACCGGACUCACUGUCGUGACCAGCGGUGGCAGUGUUUCCAGCCGAGUCCACCAUCUGGUAAAUGCAGCUUUCCAGCCGUUUCCACAUCGAAGCAAACCGUCUUUCCAAUAAUCCGGGCUCAUCAUCUAGUAGGCUUCGGAUUAACCGCGAUAUCGCACAAAAUGGGUGCGCCAAGCAAUGUUAUCUCAGCAAUGAAGCGAUUCGAGAAAAAAACAACAAACCACGUAAAUAAACACACACACACAGCUAGCAAACUAAUUCAAUUUAGGACCGAUUGAUGGGUAGGCACAAAGAGGAAGUCUCUCUUCUAAAAUAACGUGAUCUCGUUUGACUCUCUUUUAAUUUUUGUUUUGGUUCGUAAUUAAAACUAAUCGUAAAUUAGGUUCUGCUUAUCUGGAAUUCGGAUGCAGAAAAGGGAAAACCGUUCGUUAAUAUCAACAACAAAAAAAAAACAAAA